AUGUACAAUUCCGACGAGGAUAUGCAGGCAUCGCCUCUCCCAGCGAAACGAAAACGCACAAGCCACCGUAGAAGAUCUAUAUUAUCCGAACAGUCGCAGUUCUGGUUUGCUGAUGGUGAUAUCGUGAUUGGUGUUGAGCGGCAAUCAUGGAAGAUUCAUCGGAGCAAGCUUAUGUGUUCUGUAGUUUUUGCGGACAUGCUCGAACUUCCACAGCCGGUCGACAUCGAGAGGAUGCACGGGUGUCCGCUGGUCAGUUUGUCUCAAGAUUCCGCGAAAGACUGGCUAGUCGUCCUAACAUGGAUGUACCAACGCGACAAGUUCAACAACCAAACCGUCGUAUUCGAUACCAUAGCCGGAGCCCUACGAAUAUCCAACAAAUAUGACAUCCCAGACCUCCGCCAAUGGAGCACACAUCAGCUCUUUUUGCGCUGGCCCCAAGACAUCACCCAAAUGACAUAUACCGCUUUCCCUCAUGCUGCUGAUAUGUCUAAAUAUCCCCUAGAGGCCAUAUGCCUCGCCCGAGAAUGUGAAGUUCCUGAGAUUCUUCCUGCCGCGUUCUACGCGCUUUCGAUCUUGCGUUGGACACAUCGAGCCGAUGGUGGCCAAAGAUCAUCUGUACGCGAUCUUGUCGGGUGGAGACGAGCGGACAGGCGGGCACAGCACAGUUCUGUGCCAUGGUUGCGAGAGUACAUCUCGGACGUGGCUCAGUUCAUCGUUGAAGCCAGACGCUUCAUCCCCGUAUGGAGUGUGGCUUCUUCGUAA